AUGUCUUCAAAAAUUCCAAUGAAUAUAAUUGUUGCUGUGGAUGAAAAUUUUGGAAUUGGAAAGAAUAAUUCUUUGCCGUGGAGAUUACCUAAAGAAUAUAAACAUUUUAUUAAUUUAACAACAACAACUAAAAAUCCUAAUAAAAUUAAUGCUGUUUUGAUGGGUAGAAAAUGUUGGGAAAGCAUUCCUGAAAAAUAUCGUCCAUUAAAGAAUCGUUUAAAUAUUGUAAUGACUAAAACUUGGGUGACGCCUGAAUUUGUUGACGAAAAUUUGAUUUUUAUAAAUAGUUUGGACUCUUUAAAUUUAAUUUUGGAAUCAAAACCUUAUGAAAAUUUAAUUGAGACAAUUUGGAAUAUUGGUGGAAAACAAAUUUAUUCUUUAGGAAUCGAACAUCAAAAUUUAAAUAAAAUUGUUUUAACUAAAAUUGAUAAAAAUUUUGAUUGUGACGUUAAAUUUCCUGAAAUUAAUUGGAAUCAAUUUAUUGAAGAAGAAAAGACAGAAAUUGUUGAAGAAAAAGGAUUGUGUUGGAAAGCAAUUACUUAUAUUAAAAAAUAA